AUGGGAUCCCCGAAGCAAGGUUCCGCGCUGCGCCACGGGGGGCACGCGCACUCCGCGCACCACCUCCCCGCCGCGGUGACCAACGCGCGCGCGGCGCUCUUCGCGGCGGGGCUACUAAUAGUAACCCUCAUCUCCAUCCUAGGGUUCAACCUCUCCUCCAUGGACCCCCGGGAGCCAACCUCCAGAGCCGCGUGCGGCGGCAACCACGUAGGGCCAGGCACGGAGAGCCCAUACCACGACAAGCGCAGCGAGGUGUAUGAUAAGAUGGAGGCGGAGUUCUACGACAAGGGCGCUGAGUUCCUCUUUGGCUCCUCCAGUACCACCUCACAGUCGCUCAAGCUGUCGGACAUAUUUGAACUCCGGAAUGGCGAAGUGCAUCCCGUGCUCAAGCCUGCCCGACCUCCUGUGCGAGCCAAUGUGCUGCGAAUGGACCCUGAAUUCGCUGCCUCCAUACAGGAGAUAGUGAAAGACAACAUUCUGCACCACUUUCGAGGAGGAGUGUGGCUACAGGACCCUGACGUGUACCACAUGAGCAUCUUCCAUGCCUCACACCAUCUCUCACCCGUACCUGCCACCGCCAAACAGCUAGCGGACGAGGUGCGGGCAGUCAAGGGCGUGAGCAAGCGCCUGUGCCCGCUGCGUGUCUCUCUGGACCGGGUCAUUCUCACCGCCACUGGCGUGCUGCUGGCGUGCUGGCAGGUGGUGGAGGGCACGGAUCCAGCAGAGCUGAGGGACGAGCUCAAGGAGGCUCUGCCCCGCGCUCCCAAGCAGCAGCUGUACAACCGGGUCAUGCUGCACACAUCACUGGCACGUAUACUUGCACCGCCCACAUGGCCUGACGGGACGCUAGCGCACAACGCCGAGUCAGCGAUGCCCAUCUUCCGCUCCAUAGUCAGCGAGCUCAACCAGAAGCUCUGCCGCAAACAGCAUACCGUCACUCCAGUGUUCACCCAAAUCAUUCCCUCCCGUCGUCAUAUUGCUCCUCUUCCACUCUCGCUCAUGCACAUCAACCUCAUCAUCACCUCUACUACGGCAUUGUCAUACACACCUCUUCCUGUUGCCGUGUCAUGCCAUGCCAUGCAGACGGUGGUGAGGGAGCUGUGGAACGUGGAGGAGAUGGAUGUGUUGGCGCUGGCGCUACAAGGCAAGAUGAGCGUCAAGCGAUUCAACCUCACGUGCAUCCAACCAGACUGGGUUGGCACAAUAUAG